CUCUUCUGGACGGCAUCGUGUUAUGUCAUUAAGCCAUGAACACCACCGCCAGUGCUGUCACCACUCGCUCAAGGACUGGCCUUUUUCUCUCUUACCGUGAUUCCAGGUCUUCGUCUACUCGGUUCUCUCGUUCAAGACGAAGAAAUUCUUAUGAUGAACCCGACGCCACUGCAGAUGACGAGGAACAAGGUCUUAUGUCCACGAAUCAUACUUCAGUCGAUAUAGACCUGCCUCCCAAGUGGGUAGACAUAUCAGAACAAGUCCAUUUCGUUCUUGCAGAUACACAAGCGAAGAUUGCUCAGUUGGAGAAACUGCACGCUAAGCAUGUCCUACCCGGUUUUACGGACCGGUCUCGCGAGGAACAGGAAAUCGAGGCAAUGACUACGGAUAUAACCAAGGAUUUCCGAACAUGUCAGUCUCUAAUUCAACGAAUCAACCCCACGAACCUGCAUCUAUUUCCUCCACAAUCCGAUGCAUCAAAGUCCGAGGGACAGGCUGCUAAGAACGUCCAGCGUGCUCUCGCCGCGAAGGUUCAGGAUAUGAGUGCAACCUUUCGGAAGAAACAGAGGAUAUAUAUGGAAAAACUUCAGGGUCAUGCGAUAAAAAAUCAGGAUCUAUUGAUUGCCUCAGGCACUAUAUCGCUACGAGGGUCGGCCGGAAUGAGUGCUGUCGAUGACGACGUGGAAGCAGCGACACACACACAAUCUCAGUCACUAUCACUUUCUCAAGCCGAUCCUUUAGAUCUUCAGAGGCGUGACCGCGAACUUACGGAAAUCGCAAAGUCUAUCGCUUCCCUGGCGGAAUUAUUCAAGGAUCUUUCGGCGCUGGUCAUCGAUCAAGGCACUCUACUGGACAGUAUUGAGUAUAACAUUGAGCAGACUGCCGUUGAGAUGGACGAAGCCGUUAAAGAGCUAAAUACAGCCACAAGAUAUCAGAAAAGUACCGGAAGGCGGAGUUGCAUCUUCCUCCUGUUACUUAUCAUUUUUGGAUUGAUUAUUGCGAUAAUCUACAAGCCGAGACGACAUCCCAAGCCGGAAUCUAUCCCUUCGUCGGCCGAAUCUUUCUCACCUGCGCUGUAGAACCCUCGGAGAGGGUGGAGAGGAUGUGAAAAUGUAGCGGAAGGCAAGAAGGGUCAGCGCUCAGUACUCAGUGCUCACCUUUGGUUCUAAUUCUAUUACGAUAUCCGGUUCAUACUAAUACAUGACCUCCGCCUACGAUGGAUUUAAUCACCUAGGAUUAUUUUCGUUCAAGUUCCUUUUGGGGGGCUUCAAUUGAAAGUCUAAAAGAGUGGAGAGGCGAGUCUUUUUCUCGGUCGGAUCCUAUGGCAACAAUAGUCGAUUCGAGUUGUACAUCAGUGAUCAUAGUGGAGCGUGUUCGUACACACAACGCGGAAAUGGAAUGUUCGGGUGUUCAUGAAUCAACGCGCGUGUACCCUGGCGCCCUAGCACCGUGUGUCC